AUGAGAUUGUCCCAAUCAACUCUUGCCGCCGCCGUUUUGGUGAUGUCCGGCCUCGCGGCAGCUGCUCCAGCUGUCAAGAGAGAUGACGACGACUGCACCGCUUCCAGAGUGCACCUCCACCACAAGCACAAGAGAGAGGUUGUGUACGAGUAUGCCUAUGUGACUGUUACUGUUAAUGGUCAAGGUUCCACUUUGCUCAACACCGCUACCUCCUCUUCCACUGCUAGCUCUGAAGCUGUCGGUCUUUCUGCCACUAUUGAGCUUUCCACCUCCGCAGCAGUUAGCCUUCCUACCCAGUCUGCUUCCACCUCUCAGAUCGCUUCCGCCUCCUCGGCUUCAUCCUCCUCUCCUCAGGCUUCCUCCUCAUCCCAGUCCUCAGCUUCAUCUUCCUCCUCCAACACCUCUAGUUCUGGUGGUUACUCCGGAUCUUUGGGUGACUACCAGGACCCAACUGAAGAGUUCCAGGAUGGUGUUUUGUCUUGUGAUGAGUUCCCAUCUGGCCAGGGUGUUGUUGCUCUUGACCACUUGGGCUUUGGUGGUUGGUCUGGUAUUUACCAUUCCGACACCUCCACUGGUGGCAGCUGCACGAACGGUGCUUACUGUUCCUACGCUUGUCAGUCUGGUAUGUCCAAGACCCAGUGGCCAUCUGACCAGCCAUCCAACGGUGUGUCUGUUGGUGGUUUGUACUGUAAGAACGGCAAGUUGUACAGAUCCAACACCAACUCCAAUUACUUGUGUGAGUGGGGUGUUGACAAGGCCAUUGUCGUUAGUGAGUUGAGCCAGGAUGUUGCUAUCUGCAGAACCGACUACCCAGGUACUGAGAACAUGGUUAUUCCAACUGUUGCUACUGCAGGUGGCUCAGUUGUUCUCACCACCGUUGACCAGGACAACUACUACAAUUGGAAGGGAUUGAAGACCUCUGCCCAGUACUACGUCAACAAUGCUGGUAUUGACUGGACCGAGGGAUGUGCUUGGGGAAGUGCCGGAUCCGGACUUGGUAACUGGGCACCAUUGAACUUUGGUGCUGGAUACACCGGUGGUAUUGCUUACCUUUCUUUGAUUCCAAACCCAAACAACUUGGACGCUGCCAACUUCAAUGUUAAGAUUGUUGCCGACGGAAGCGGUGUUGUGAACGGUAACUGUGUUUACGCUGACGGUACCUACAAUGGUGAUGGUACUGACGGAUGUACUGCUGCAGUGAGCUCGGGCCGUGCCAAGUUUGUUCUUUACAACUAG